GGACAUUUUAUAGUUUUAUACCCUUUGUUUUCCCCUUCAUCUUCCCUUUACCAGUCUUCUGCGGAUCCCGAGAUUGGAGAUAACCAAAUCUCUUUCCACUCUCCUUCAAUUCAGGUCCAGAAAGUCAUAUCCACGUGUGAAUUCGAUUCAAUCAUGAGAACCUGCCAAAAACCAGUAUUCUGAUUAAAGCGCUCUCUCUCUCUCUAUAUAUAUCACUAUAUAAGAUCUUGAAUUUGGGAUCAAGAAGAGAGACAAAAUGAACAACUCUGUUUCUGAGCAGAGCUUCUACAUUGAGAGUGAAGAAGAUGAAGAGAAGGUGUAUGAUAGAGGUGAAGGAGAAGAAAAUGAUGGAAACGUUUCAGAUUCUUCGAUUUCUUCGGCAGAAAACCAGCCUCAAAACAAACCCAGUUCCUACAACACUUCAUGGCCGCAGAGUUACAGGCAGUCUAUUGAUUUGUACAGUACUGUACAAUCUCCAAGUAUUGGGAGUUUGGGAAUUUUGGGGACACCCACCUUGUCAAGACUGGGCAGUUCAUUUCUCUCCUCUUCAUUAACAAGAAGACACACUCCUGAGACCUUGCCUUCUGUGACCAAACCUCUGAUACCAAAAACAGAAGAGGAGAUUUCUCAGCAACAAAGACGCAGUUCUCAUUCUCUACUUCCUCCUAUUCCGUCGAGGAAGCCUUCUAUUAGAAUUGAAUCAUCAAAAGUCUCACACGAGCUUCCGAUUUCUCGCCAGAGCUCGUAUGGUCAAGCAGUACUUAAUGGACUGAAUGUGUUAUGUGGUGUUGGUAUUCUGUCUACACCAUAUGCAGCAAAGGAAGGAGGAUGGGUUGGGCUAUCUAUACUGAUAAUAUUUGCAGUACUUUCAUUCUAUACUGGGAUUCUCCUCCGUUACUGCUUAGAUAGUCAACCAGGGCUCGAGACUUACCCGGACAUCGGUCAGGCAGCAUUUGGCACUGUUGGUCGAAUUGCAAUAUCAAUAGUAUUAUACGUGGAACUCUAUGCUUGCUGUGUUGAAUACAUCAUCUUGGAGGGUGACAACUUAGCAUCAUUGUUUCCUAAUGCACAUUUAAGUUUUGGCGGAUUUGAGUUGGGUCCUCACAAUCUGUUUGCGUUGAUGACAACGCUUGCCGUUCUUCCUACUGUUUGGCUCAAAGACCUCACCAUCCUCAGUUACAUCUCUGCUGGAGGAGUCAUUGCUUCAGUAUUGGUUGUUGCCUGCUUAUUUUGGGCCGGUUUGGUGGACAACGUUGGCGUACACAGCAAAGGAACAACGCUUAACCUUGCAACACUUCCGGUUGCAAUUGGUCUGUACGGUUACUGCUACUCCGGACAUGCUGUUUUCCCUAACAUCUACACUUCUAUGGCAAAACCUAACCAGUACACUGCUGUCCUUUUAGCCUGUUUUGGCAUUUGUACAACGUUGUACGCCGGAGUAGCUUUUAUGGGAUACACAAUGUUUGGAGAAUCAACAGAGUCACAAUUCACUCUUAACUUGCCAAGAGACUUGGUCGCCUCCAAGAUCGCUGUCUGGACUACGGUAGUAAACCCGUUUACCAAAUAUGCAUUAACCAUGACUCCAGUGGCAUUGUGUCUGGAGGAGUUGAUACCUUCAAACCAUGCCAAGUCUUAUGCCUAUUCGAUCCUCAUUAGAACAGCACUGGUAAUCUCUACCCUCUUUGUCGGUGUCGCCAUCCCCUUCUUCGGUUUGGUGAUGUCGCUGAUCGGAUCAUUACUAACAAUGCUUGUGACAUUGAUACUUCCAUGUGCCUGUUUUCUGAGCAUCUUGAGAUCAAAAGCAACUAGAUUUCAGCUUGCAGUUUGCGUCGUAAUCAUAACAAUAGGGGCCGUGUCGUCGGUGAUCGGAACAUACUCGGCCCUCUCCAAGAUUAUUGAGAGCUUGAAUGGAUGAAAGGAGUUUCUGCAGCAACAAUUAGAUUGUGUCUCCAAUUUUGGUGUUUGUCUUUCAUUCAUGCGGCUAUCUCGGCUUUUAAACCAUCUCUAUUAUUUUGACAAGUGUGUUUUUUUUUUGUGCGACAAAGAUUGACAAGCAUCUCGUUUGAGUAUUAUAUGAUUGAUAUGUGUCGGUUAAUAAAUUAAAAAACAAUUAAUUAAAUAUAAAAAAUAUAUGAAC